AUGAAGCCUCCUUAUAUUCGUUCUGGCCGAGACAGCGAAAAGGCCCGCGGACAAGCUCGAGUGUUAGCAUGGCCGACUGGGAAGAAGCGCUCACAGUCUUACAAUCUGGUUGUCUGUGCAGCAGAUAAGAUCAAAGACUCGUGGAUUUUCUCCGACUUUAUGGGACUUUGCAUGUCGUUGAUGGAGCAAAACGUUAAAGGUGACUUUUUGUCUUGUUUUCCUGUCAGGUCAUACUUCGCAGUAGAGUCUUACGACACAAUCAAAUUCGGCACCUUUGGGGCAAGUCGCACCGAAUACGUUCACAAGUAUUCAAGAGAACAAUUUGAGCGAGGUCAGAUUUGGUGGAGGGAUGUGAAAGCUUCCGAGGUUCUGGGUAAGAUCCAGCGCUGGAUAAACCACAACCAGAAUUUGUCGCAGAGUGGAGAUGUGGUGAACAUUUUCUUUGGGGGACAUGGUGAUCAAAAGCUUGGAUUUGCUUGCGGCAAUGGCUUUUUACACCAGGCAGUUCUAGGCCAAAUGUUGGCGCAUUAUCGGCCCGGCGUUCAGGUCAAUUUUGUCCCAAACUUUUGUUUCUCUGGUUUAUUCGUUGAGGCCCUGAGAUCAAACGACAUUGCGAAUUGUCAUGCGGUGGCAUCUUGUAGCCCCAUGGAGCUUAGUUGGUCCCAGAGUCGAAGUGCGAGCGGUCGAUACCGGAGUGUCAGAUUUGCCAAAGCCUUCCUACAAUCUCUCUCCCAUAUCCCGAAACCCCCUGACAGUGUUCCAAGUUGGACUAUUCAUGAACACGAAUCUUUCCUUCUCCAGUAA